CUCAUUACCAAUGGAUUAAGACUUGUUGUUGUUGUUGUUUACAUUUCACUUGGUUGACUACGGGCAUCUGUAGAUGGACCAUACAAAUCAAAUAACUAAUAACGUGUCGGGUAGUAACCUACAUAAUAGGUUUCAAUUUCUACGUGGUUUCCCCUUGUCAGUGGUGCAGAACGGAGGGCCUGACAAGAACAGCUGUCUAGUCCUUCGGAUGAGACGAACAACCGAGGUCCCGUGUAUACAUUGGAAUGCACGUAAAAGAUUCCUUGGCAGUUGGAAUUCGAUAUAAGAGUAGGCGAUAGUGCCGCUGCCCGGGCAAAAUUUCCCUCGUCGCACACUGUAUGGCGUAUGUCCGUCUUCAUUAGCCCAGUAUAGGAGCAGAACAGUAGGACGUUAAACCCCAUUUCAUUUCAUUUCAUUUCAAUUUCUAUAAGUUAGCUACACGAUAUAAAUGGUGAAGAUAUUUAUAGUAGCAUUAGUCAUUAUUUACCAAUCAUACAGUUUAAACCACGCCUUAUUUUUGAUUAUUAAAUGAAAGUUUGGGCAUAUUUGUAGAUGUGACAGUAACACGCAUAUAAAUAACGGUAAACCACGAAGCGAGCGUCAGAAACAAUCCAGACAGCCGACGUUAAACAUCUACCAAUCUAGAUUUGAGGUUUUCUUCAACAAGAACAAUUAAACACAGUCAGAUAAAAGACCAGGUGAAGUAAGAUACCUAUCUAGCCCAGUAAAGAAAUAGUAAAAAUCUGUUAUCAAGAUGGCAAUGUAUCAAGUAAAACAAAAAGGUCGGAUGCCAGAAGACGACUAUGUGAGAGUGCGAGACAAUUACUGCUACCUGGUAGAGCAGAUCAAGGAACCAGUAAAACUUAGUAAUAAAUUAUUUGAAAAAAAUAUAUUCGACGCAGAUGAAAAAGAAGAAAUACAGAAAAUUUUCAGGAACGCUGAAAAGGGUCGGGAUGCAGCUGCUGACAAACUACUGAUGUAUGUCUUAAACAGUGGUGACGCCUAUGGUAAAUUCAUCCUAUGUUUACGAGAACUGGGUUACAAGAAAAUCGUAAAUGUAUUAGAAAACACCACGAAUGGUAAAAAUAAAACCAAUCUGAUGACAGAACAAGACAAGACAAGACAUCAGCUAGAAGACUUACAUAAAGAUCACGACCUUGCAAAACAGGAAUUAGAGAACCUGAAGAAACAGAUGGAAACACAAGAUGGGGAUUCCAAACAGAUGUUGAAGAAAAUCGAAAAACUUGAAACAUACAAAAAACAAACUGAAGAGAAAGAAGCUCUGACAAAGAAGAGAUUUGAUGAGUUGGAGACAUGUAUUAAAACUCUUACCUUAAAUGAGGAAGAUACCGUUCGGCAACAAUUAUUACAUGGUACUUUGUCUGGUAAUACAAGUGAUACCUCAGAUAAGAAAGGUAAAAAUAAAACCAAUCUGAUGACAGAACAAGACACGACAAGACAUCAGCUAGAAGACUUACAUAAAGAUCACGACCUUGCAAAACAGGAAUUAGAGAACCUGAAGAAACAGGUGGAAACAUUAAAAACGAGGCAAGAUGGAGAUUCCAAACAGAUGUUGAAGAAAAUCGAAAAGAGAGAACAUGAACUAGAAACAUACAAAAAACAAACUGAAGAGAAAGAAGCUCUGACAAAGAAGAGAUUUGAUGAGUUGGAGACAUGUAUUAAAACUCUUACCUUAAAUGAGGAAGAUACCGUUCGGCAACAAUUAUUACAUGGUACUUUGUCUGGUAAUACAAGUGAUACCUCAGAUAAGAAAGGUAAAAAUAAAACCAAUCUGAUGACAGAACAAGACACGACAAGACAUCAGCUAGAAGACUUACAUAAAGAUCGCGACCUUGCAAAACAGGAAUUAGAGAACCUGAAGAAACAGAUGGAAACACAAGAUGGGGAUUCCAAACAGAUGUUGAAGAAAAUCGAAAAACUUGAAACAUACAAAAAACAAACUGAAGAGAAAGAAGCUCUGACAAAGAAGAGAAUUGAUGAGUUGGAGACAUGUAUUAAAACUCUUACCUUAAAUGAGGAAGGUAGGUUGAUAUUAUUACGUCAUACACACAUCGUCACAAAUUAUUACGUCAUAUACCCAUCGUCAUUGAAGUCAGAAGACGUAUAA